AAUCUGGGAAAUGACUUUUUUGGAUGUUUUGAGUCACAGCUUUGUCCCAACACCCACUCACUGUUGUGAGUGAAAUGUUUGCAUAUGAGCCCUUUAUCAAACACUGACCUGAGGACCUUGUUCAGAUAAAUAUCCCACAGCGUCGAGCAGCUCAUCAUUCUCCACAGAAGGCGAGACCACAACUGGUAGCCAAAACAACAUGGUACCGUCACUUCUCGCAACGGCAGGAGGACUUCUGUUACUUUUCUCCUUCUCAUCAGCACAAAUACGAGGAGACAACAUCGCAGGAAAAUGUAACAUGAAUGACGGCUUUGGACUGUACUGUCCAACGACAUGCGGAGUGGCUGAUUACAUGCUGAGGUAUAUGCCAGGGGUGGACAAGGAUUUGGAGGAUUUGCAAGAGCAACUUGACAUAAUUGCUAAUUUGACCAAGGAGGCCGAUGAAACAGCUGUCUACAUGAAAGAUUCAGCUGUUUCGGCUCAAAAAAGUUCCCAGCCAGACUCACACUACAAAAAGUCAUCAAGUAUGCUGGAUGAUGUUGCUCGAUUUGAAAAGACCAUCGUCACACAGGAACAGCAAAUUAUCGAUCUUCAGAACGUAAUUACAUCCAACGAGAGGAGAAUGUCGGACUUGAAACAACUCUCCGUCCAGCUGCAGCAGAAGUGCAGUGAACCCUGCAAAGACUCAGUUGAGAUCCAACCCCUUACAGGAACAGACUGCCAGGAUGUUGCAAACAAAGGUGCCACCACCAGUGGUCUUUAUUAUGUGAAGCCAACAAAAGCCACUGAGCAGUUCCUGGUCUAUUGUGAGAUUGACAGCUUUGGACGCGGCUUCACAGUCAUACAGAGGAGGCGCGAUGGGAGUGUGGACUUCCACAAGGACUGGAUCCAGUACAAGGAGGGCUUUGGCUAUCUCUCACCAGAUGACACCACAGAGUUCUGGCUCGGUAACGAGAAGAUACAUCUCCUGACGGCCACUUCAACCAUCCCACUUGUGCUGAGGAUAGAGCUUGUUGACUGGCAGGGUACAAAAAGGUAUGCUGACUACACCAUGUUCAGAGUUGCACCAGAGGUUGACAAGUACCGUCUAACAUACGGCUACUAUUUUGGUGGUGAUGCUGGAGAUGCCUUCGAUGGCUUUGACUUUGGUGAUGAUCCCAGUGAUAAGUUCUACACGUCCCACAAUGGCAUGCAGUUCAGUACCUUCGACAAGGACAAUGACAAGUAUGACGGCAACUGUGCUGCGCAGGACGGCUCCGGCUGGUGGAUGAACAGAUGUCACGCUGCACAUUUGAACGGCAAAUACUACCAGGGUGGUGCGUACACAGAAAAGGACGCAGGAGAAUUUGGCUAUGACAACGGUAUUAUUUGGGUGACAUGGCAUGACCGCUGGUACUCCUUGAAAGAAACCACCAUGAAGAUCAUUCCCCUCACCCGCAUCACAGCAGGCGGUGGACAGCAGACUGGGGUCAAACAGCUGGCUGGACUUUCUAAAAAGUAGACUGACAUGCCCAUGGUCAGUUUAGGCUGCAGUUAGGGUGUUAAGCACAACAGCACUGAAACCGCCUUCAAUGAAAUAACAUGCCUCCGUGGAAAAUGUCUGACUUAACCCUUGUCUCUUCCAUCGACCGUGAACUUGUUGUCCUAGGAAAAAAUUGAAAAUUCACUUUUAUUGGCAAUUUUUAAGAAAUUGUUGUUGCUUUUUUAAUGCAUUU